UGUGCUUGAAGUUUAAGAGAACUUGGGGAGCGUCUGCAUAGGCCAUGAGGUAUAUAACCAUAUGAGCUCCCGAGCAUUCUAUCCUAUCAUUCACAAACAACUCUCUCAUCCAUUCACUCAAUACACAAACUCAACUACCAACUCAUACCUUCAUCAUGCUUCUCAACAAGGCUUUCCUCGGCGCCCUCCUCGCCAUGGGCACAGUCACCGCCCUCCCCAACCCCGACGCUGAGCCCGUUGAUCUCGAGGAUCGCAGCAUCCUUCACCACUGCGGCAAACACGCUUCCUGGGAUCACGCCAAGAGCGAGUGUGUAUGCCACGACUCCGGCAAGGUCUACACCAAGAAGCACCACAAGUGCAAGUGCCCCAAGGGCGAGAAGUGGCACCACAUUGAGAAGAAGUGCAAGAAAUAAGCGUCUGCACUAGACGUCCCUACGAUCACAACAAGUCAACCUCGACAUCCAUCGCAAAGAGUUCAAUAUACUCGAAAGAUUUACAUCUCUGGGCCGACAACUGGGUUAUGGGCUUGAGUACGGGCGUGCUGGUAUGGCUAUAGAACGAUCUUGCAAGGAGCAUCAUGUAACUCUACUGUUUAUAUAUGGCGUCAAGAAACAUAUUCCUUUGAAACAAGUUCCAUCUGGCAUUUACUUCUUUUAUGUCUUCUCAGGUAUGCAUUUAGGCUGAAUAGUAAUUGCUUCUCAUACUCUCGA